GGAACGAAAGAGUAUGGCGGUUUGGUGUUGUCAGGUGUUUGUGUUGUGAAUUUUUGCAGUUUUUGUAUGGUAUUGUGAAGUGUACUGCAUUUAGCUGGAUACUUUUAACAGAUAUGGAAACUGAUAUAAAUAAGCUUUGUAGUGCUUUGAAUAUUUUAGUGAAACCAGCCGAUACAGACAAUGUGACAGGAGAUUUACAUUAUAUUUUAGAACUCAACAUUAACAAUGCAUUGAAGUCUCUCUGCAUAACUGAACAGGAUACAUAUGGACUCCUGCAAACAAUCAACUGUUCUUCUGUAGCAAACAGUGGUAUCAGAUGGCGGUUUGUAUGUGUGUCUUUGUAUAUUCUACUGUCACUAAAGAAAUGCUUAAGUGAAAGGAUAUCAACAUGUAAAGGAAAAGAACAAACAGAACCUCAGCAGCCAGCAGCAGAUAUACUGACUGUAAACCAACAGAAGACCAUCAGAACCUGCCUUCAGUUUGUUAUUUCCAUGGGAGUUCUGCCAAGCUUGCUUCCUGGUGUGGGCAUUUCUCUUGCAGCUCGCUCUACUAGCACGCAGAAGUUGAAGGUGGAAGAGCUUGUUAUUCUGGAGAAGUAUGAGCGUUUGUCUGGUGUCACAAGAGGAUUGGUAGCCUGCUUUGAGCAGCCCUCUCUACGAAGUUUGAUUCUCAUUCAGCAUCUUGGAGACUUAGUAGCAUCACUGGCACAGCUGAGCUUUGCCCCACUGAAGAAGCCUGUAGAUAUUUCUGCAGCAUCUGAUUCAUCUUCUACUGCUUCCAGUAGCAGCAGACUGGAUAACAGUGGGGAGGAAUUUGUGAUGACUCCUGAACUGUGGGGAAGGUUACAGGAGGAACGGAGUUAUUUUAAGAAGUGUUUCCUGUCCUUAAUUAAUAAAUUAUAUCAGCCACUCAUUAUAAGAGAACUGAUUUUACUGCAUGGUUCAGCUAGAAGUAAGCAUGGUGUACAAUCUUCUCCUCCAACGUGGCUGAAACGCUGUUGCAUUCCGCUUCUUGUACAGUGUCUUAUAAAACCUGGUGGUGUGAGUGCUUUGGUACGUGCAAUCUGUGACACAUCGUAUGACAUUGGUUCAGACUGGAACAAAUUGGACACUGUGGUGAAGGUUAUUCUAACUGUCCAUGUUCAACAUGCAGAACAGUACUACAAAAAUAUAUGUUCUCAGAUUGUUGAAAUGUUAAACAUGAGUGACAAAACACAACUGCAAUUAUACUCUACUGUAUCACUUCUGUGCAUGAAGGCUCUGUGCUCAGCAAAGCCACUGAUGUUUCAGCGUUAUGUGUUGGACACACUGAUGAAUCCUCUAUUGCUUUGCUGCAGUGUCAGCCAUCAUGGUCCAACUUUCUACCGAGAAGUGCCAUUGCUGUCACAAAAAGCUGGUGACAGUCCUGUGUCAAAUUCACAAAAUGUCUGUGUUGUUUCUGAAGAUGAACUAUCAAGAAGUAUCAACAAUCUGCACAAAUGCUUUGUUACUGAUGUUUCUCCAUUGCCAUCAGAGCAUCUCUUUUCAGUAGCUUCUGUGCUGUUCCUGUUGCAUCUAAAGAUCUGCCAAAGUGCCUCUUAUCUGAAAAUAAAAGUUGAGGAUCUGCUGCUGAAGUUUCUUUCAGGUUGCAACCAGAAACAAUUGUCCAUAGUUUUUAAUGCAUUUCUCUUUGGCGAUAAAAUAGAAGGGAUGCUUGAAGUGAGUGAAAUGGUGGAAUUUCAUUUUGGAUCAACAGGUGGUGUUGAAGUGAAGCUCAGGAAGGCGCCUGGGAAAGAAUUGUGUUCAGAAGAAGCUGGGGAUUGUCUUUUGGAGUUAUUGGAGAAGGGAGACAAGAAGGGAGAUGUCACCAACGGUUUGUUCGUUUUCCUCUUACGUCUUCUGUCUGAUCCAAAAUCUGAUCUGGCACUGUUAGAGAGUGAGAGAAGUAAUUUAAACCAUGAUAUUUUAGAAAUGGAGGAUGCCGUAAUCUUAAAUAUUGUUGGACGAACCGAAAGAAACGCUGUGGCCGUGAAAGUUCUUGCCAUAUUAGCUGAAAAUCCUUACGUUCAUGGAAAGCUAACAGAAGAUCCAACUCAUGUUGUCUUCUUUGUUCAGUACCUAUUGGAAAGAGAUGCUAAUAUUCUGACAAAGAAAAGCUUAGAGUGUAAUGGUGAAGAUCAUGACACAGAGAGUCUCUUUAUGAUUUUAAUGGUCCUCAGUGUUGUGGUUAAUAAUGCUACUACAAGUCAUGUAAAUUGGGAGCCCUUUAAUCGACUUGUUGAACCACUUAGAGUGAUACGUGAUAAUGUAACAAAUGAAGAGUUAAAGAUGUUUACUGACGAAGUUUGCAACAAGAUUCUCAGUCAUGGAAUUGUACAACGAUCUGCACCACGAACCUCCAGCAAUGUGGCACAAAGUUCUGUAACAAAUAAGCCCAAAAAUGAAAGGCUUGUAAAGAGUUCAUCAAAUAAUAAGACAACUGCCACCAAACAGAACAUUCCCCCUAACUGCAUUAAAGAGGAAGAAGCCUAUAUAAGAACUAGUAUUCCUGGUAAAAGUAAGGGAAAGGUAGACUUAAAGAAGGAGAGUCGGUGUAAGCAAGCUCUAUUCGAUGUUUGUGACCCACUGCUCCCUGUUAGGGGCCAUGCUUUGAUUGAGCUUGCAAAACUCAUAUCAAGCAAUGAUAAAGAAGCACAACGGCAUAGAAACCAAAUUCUUCGCAUAUUUCAAGAGAACUUGAAGCAUGAAGAUUCAUUUAUCUACCUGUCAUCCAUCAAUGGUCUGGCUGUAAUGGCAAAUGUAUUUCCAAACACAGUUAUUAAAGCUCUUGUAGAAGAAUAUGCAGAAAUGGGAACAAAGAGGACAGUGGCAGAUAACAACAACAGUUCAGCAGAGCUGAAAAUGAAAGUGGGGGAGGUUCUUGUCCGAGUCACAAAAUUACUGGGAGAUCUUGUUCCACCAUACAAGGCAAUGUUGUUGAAUGCUUUCCUGGUUGGUACAAAGAAUCCUGACCACCUUGUAAGAGCAUCAAGCCUUUCCAAUCUGGGAGAGAUUUGUAAAGCUUUAGGUUUCAGAAUUGGACCUAUUGUUACAGAAAUUUUGAUGUGUGUUCGUACCAUCGUUCAGUCAGAUCCUGCAGUGGAAGUUCGAAGAGCAGCUGUACUAGUCAUCUCACUUCUCUUACAGGGACUUGGUCAUGAUACACUAAAGGUUCUAGAAGAUAUUCUGCUAGAUCUGUACAGGACUUUGAAGACCCUGUAUCAACAUGAAGCAGAUGAUAUUUUAAAAAUUCAUGUUCAGUUGGCAUUGGAAGAAUUGAAUAAGUCAGUAGUCAAAUUCCUAUUUCCCCAACCCAAGUUGGAGAAAAGGAUAUAUGUGAUAGAUCCUCCAGAUUCAUAGACUGUGGUGCUGCAGUUUGAUUCUCAUGUAUAUGUGAUUUAAAACAGUUGACUAGAGGUUUUGUGAAGCAGUGUUGCAUUGGAACUGUAUCUAGAUAAUGUGAAUGUAUAACUGGGAAAUUUAUAGGGUUGCUAGAUUCCCAUGUACUCGUAUUUGGGAUUCUCCCCUACCUCAUUUCCUGUUCCAAAGUUUAUGUUACCAGCUACAGAAAUUUCUGACAUACUCUCCUGCAAACUGAAUACCAGAAAUAUCUCCAGAAUUUUGGUUUGCCAUUUGAUGCACAAAGUAUCUCAGACAUAUUUUUUCCUUGAUGAUUACACUGUGGAGAAAAGAAGAUAAUCAGUUGGACAUACAUACAGAGAAAACUGUGCAUUGUUUGGUAAGUAGUGUGUCAUGUAGCAGAUCUUAUCAGAAUGCACUUCAAAACAAACACAAAAGGUCUGAUCUCUAAAAAUGUUAAAAACUUGUUAAGUGUCAUUAAUUCACCAAGUUUGGUUUAAUGAUGUGUCUCAUAUUUUUAAAUUAUAUGGCAUCCCUAACAAUAUGUUUCCAGUGCACAUUUCAAACUUCAUAAUGAUGCCAACUUUUUAAUCCUUAUUUACAGCUGGAAGAUGUUAAUUAUGUUAGGAACAGUGUAGUGUUACAAUUGUGACAUUUCAUUAGCAAACUCUUUUUGGCUGUCUAUGAUUUGUAAAUGAGGUGGGUUAUUUAGUUCAGUGAUGUGCAACUGGUGUGCUGCAGAGAUCAUCUGGGUGUGCCAUGAAAUUUUCACCUCAUUAUAAUUAUAACCAUAAUGAGAUAAAUAAUUGUUUGUCUUGUUUUCUGCUGUUUCUCAGUCUCCAUUUUCUUCAUUAUGGUCAGGCAGACAAGUUCUACUGAAUGGAAUUGGAAAGUAACACAACCACUUUGCAGCAAAACGUGUACCUCCACUCUGCUUUUAUUGCUACUCUAUGUAUUUUUCUGCAAAGAGAGGCGACAGUAAAUGGGAACCACAUACCUAUUAAAUGGAUUAUAGAUUUUAUUUUCAAUCAAAUAUUUUCUCUGCUCACAUCCACUGUUUGUAAAUGAUGGUCAUAUUCCAUAAAAAUAUUCCAUGUGCAGUGGGAUCUUUUGGUCGCAGGAAACUGAUUUGGAUACUGUGAAAUAAUUACAUAUAAAAAUAUGAAUAAGUAUCUUUAAGUUUUAAUUAUUACAUAUAGUUAAUAAAUUUUGGAUUUAAUGAUAUGUAUAUGUUUUAAUUUAUUUCAAAUCAUGAAUAUAUUUAAAGUAAUUGACAUAAUAAUAAAGAUGAAUAAUUAUGAACAUUUUUUUGUUGGGGUCGAUUUGUAAGAAGUUACCAUAAAUCAUUUACCUCCCCCCCCACAAUAUACAAAAUGGGGUUGGUGUGCCACCAUGACUCUUCAACAAUAUUUAGUGUGCUUCGAGUGUAGAAAGGUUGCCCAACACUGAUUUAGUUUAUGAAAGUCAGUGGAUGCCAUCAACAAGAUGUACAGUGUUUUUAUUGACUUAUACAUAUCUAGAUACAUCCCAACAUUAACUGUGUUAGUUACAAUAUUGUAUUAUACAUCUUAAAAUAAACAGAAUGUUGUAAAUUAAA